UGCACCACACCGACGCCCCUCCGCGGGGGAAGCCGCAGGGCCAAUGCCUUCCAGCUCAGCUCGUGGGGAAGCGCUGGACCAGCCGGGAAGGCCUGUGCCGGACGCCGCUUGUCCCCAACGAAGGGCCUUGAGGGCGUCCAUGCCGCCCGGAGUUUCGGGCCAGAGCAAACCUCCUCCUCCCCGAACUUCCAAACCAGGCUGGCGCCCAGCACCCGGCAGGAGCGCGCGGCAGGAGCGCGCAGGGAGGCGGCCCCGGGCUCCAGCCUGCCCGGGGCGCGCCCGCGGGAGGGGCAUGACACCGGACCGCCCCCUCGCCCCAACCCCGCCCCGGCCGCGAGUGUCCCGGGCUUCGGUUAGGCAGCUGACCGGCGGCGGCCUGGAUCCUUCCAGCAGCUCGAUGGCCUCCCCAAAGAAGCAGCUCCAGGGUCUCGUGGCUGCGACCAUCACACCGAUGACCGAGAAUGGGCCAGCUCGGGACAGAGGCCCUGUGACGUUCCUCCGCCUGCCUUCCGGAGAUAAGUUUGCUGGCUAAUAAGAUUUCAGGGGGCGACGGGCGGCGCUGUUCCCUCGGGGGGCUCCCCCUGCACGGCGAGAGGCAGGAGGGCAGCCAGGGAAGCGGCUCCUUUGGUUCCAGGCGCCCAGCUCGCCCCAGCGGAGCCCAGUCCUUCCCCGUGACCCGCGUAGCCUGGCACGCUUGUCCGCGAGUGUUCCUAGCAGCCAUCGCCAGGCCGGUCUGCUGCGUGCCCGCCUCUGGUCUGCUCCGCCUCUGCCGCGGCACUGCCGGAGCCGGGCAGCUCCCGGGGACAGGCGCGGGCCUCAUCCACCGCCCUCGCGUCUGCAGCGGCUGGUGCAAGCUGUGGUGAGCUCUGUCACUUCCUGACCGUUUGUCCAUGGAGAAGACAGGCGCUGACAGGAAGGAGGAGGGUGCCAGGGCCACGGGGGGCAGCCCUGCGUGUCCUGGGGCUCACUUGGGCCUCCGCCACAGCCCGCACACCUGCCCCGAGCCCCGCGGCUGCAGAGGGAAGUCUUUCUCCACCCACCCACGCUCUCCUCCUCCUGCCCUGGCGUCAAAGCCUGCAUCCCUGACUCGGGCAAGAAGUCUUCUCGUCCUUAGACGAGAGCGGCCACCAGGACACAAAGUCCACUGGGACUGGGAAGACGCCGGGAGAAGCUCUUUUUCCCUCACAUUCCCAGGCGUCACGUGGGAGUCCUUACCGGGCCUUCCAUGGAAAGAAACCCGUGGCCCAGCCAGAGGGGGCCCGGCCUGCAGGAGUGGGAGUCGCAUGGGUUCGGGGCCCUUUGACAGCGGCUGGGAGACCGAGCGGCCACACGCACACGCACACACACGCACACACGCACACGCGUGCCUACGCCUGGGUCUGGCCGGAGCUGAGCAGCUGUUUCACUAGGAGCACGCGUGCUUCCACCUGAUGUGGAAUCCCAGAGCCACGCAAGGGCCAAGGGUCAUGGGAGGUCACGGCGCUGCUGUGCUGCCUCGUGGGGCCAGGCGUGUGGCGUCUGCCUUGUGGGGCCAGGCGUGUGGAGCCUGCCUCGUGGGGCCAGGCGUGUGGAGUCUCCCUCGUGGGGCCAGGCGUGUGGAGCCUGCCUCGUGGGGCCAGGCGUGUGGCGUCUGCCUCGUGGGGCCAGGCGUGUGGAGCCUGCCUCGUGGGGCCAGGCGUGUGGAGUCUCCCUCGUGGGGCCAGGCGUGUGGCAGCUCCCUCGUGGGGCCAGGCGUGUGGAGUCUCCCUCGUGGGGCCAGGCGUGUGGAGCCUGCCUCGUGGGGCCAGGCGUGUGGAGUCUCCCUCGUGGGGCCAGGCGUGUGGAGUCUCCCUCGUGGGGCCAGGCGUGUGGAGUCUCCCUCGUGGGGCCAGGCGUGUGGCGUCUGCCUCGUGGGGCCAGGCGUGUGGCAUCUGCCUCGUGGGGCCAGGCGUGUGGAGCCUGCCUCGAGGGGCCAGGCGUGUGGAGCCUGCCUCGUGGGGCCAGGUGUGUGGAGCCUGCCUCAUGGGGCCAGGCGUGUGGCGGCUCCCUUGGCCGAGGCCGGGCCUCUCGGGGCGCGUCCUGCGCAGCAGACGGAGCACAGGGCCUGUGGAGUCUCCCUCUGCCAAGCUGAUUCAGAAAAACCGUGUGCUUUGCACUGUGAGAGGAGAGCUGUGCGGGUCGCACCUCCCCGUGCGGGCCCUGGCUGCAGCCGAGACAAGGCUGGGCAGUUUCAUAGCACACCCACUCUGCGCCCCAAUGUGCGGCAAAAAAUAAUUUGUUGUGCGUUCCCUCCUCCAGGUAGGGGGGCGGACCAAAUGUCUAGGAACAGGGAGUUGCAAUUCGAUUAUGUUAAUGCAUAAAAACGGAGUGCUGUAGCCGGCGUAGUAACAGAAUACCCACAAAUGUACGGAAAUGUGCAAUUCAGAAUGCAAAGUGGAAAACUUACACAGCUGGGUGUAGAACCCUGUGGAUUUGUAAGUGGGAAGAUGUCAGAGUGUGAGGGAACCCUCCCCCGGGAGAGCCCGCUUCAGGGGACCUGACAUGUCCCCGCCGCGCGCAGCCCCCAGCCCCCAGGUGAGGAAACCCUGCAGGGCCAGGGUCUCGCCUGCAGCAGAAGGGACCCGGGCACCAUGGCGGGCGGGGAGCCAUGGGGAGGCCACGCUGCAGCCUGACCUGCCGCUGGCGGCCUCGGUGACCACGGUGGCACAGCCCUGGCCGGGUUCCCUGGGUCCACCUGCGAUGGAGCUCUGGGCGUU